UGGAAUUGAGACGCGACGCCGUGCAAACGUUCCCAGGCUGUGCAGUGUCUGGUCGAGAAUUGGAAUCAAAGAAAAAAAAAAAUAUAACAAUUUCAGUUAAUUUAAUUUAGUGAUUCAUCAACUAUCGGUUUUUAAUAAUUAUUGUUUGGUAUUCUCUUCAAGUAGUGUUGUUCCAGAUUUAGUUGUGCUGAAAAUAAUAAUUGUGAUUUGAUACUACCUAGAGAGAAAAGCAUGCCGUAGCGAUUGCGGGGUUAGAUUUCCAAUCGAAGAAGAUGUUACACCACCUGCUAGUUGGAUAUCAAUAAGUCAACUACGAAAAGCCGUAGUCGUGAUUAAUAGUGAACCGUUGAAAAAUCCUUAAAUAUGUCUAAUACAUAAGUUAUUAUCAGUGAAACAGUAUUAAUUCUGCUGUAAAAAUUCAGCCUAAUGAAGUGCUACAAACAUGACCCGCAAAUACGAGUACCAAAUGGAUAUGGAAGCAAAUAGAGCAGACGAUGUGUAAAAUGUGUAUCAGGAAAAAGAACUGCAAAAAAAGAUUAAAUUUGUUCGUGCUUCUGUUCAACUGUUACGCAUCAAUGCCCGGAAGUGAAAUGUGAAUAUAAGGUUAUUAAGAUGUUUAAAAAUUUCGAAUAAUAUAUACUUAUGCUAAGUAGUAUUUAUAAGGAAGACUUUCAGUGGGGUGGAUCAAAGACUAUUUAGUUUUUCAAAGUGCUAGAGAGAAAGAAACAAAAUCAAUGUUCGGUAUCCCAGUUCAAGCGGGAUAAAUUCGCCAUGCUCCGUGGGGGCCAGGAAUGUACGUAAUAUUUCCGGCUGAUGAAUUAAUAUUGUUGACAUACGGAAUCGCAGUACCGAGAGUACAACCACGACCAACUCUGGACAACCUGCGAGAGCCACUUGUCCCCAUCGGCAAUAGGCCUUCUUCCGCCACCAUCCUGUCCCCCAAGCAGAUAAAUGAUCCCCGUCGGAUCCAAGGACAACCCCUCACGUCCUCUUCCGCACCUCGUACCCCACCGACACUUUCACCUAGAGACAGAAGCCCGGAACCAAGUGUCAAUUUUUCACCGGACGACAGAAUUUACGAUUACGACGAUUCCACUCCACUAUACGAUACCGAUACGACUGUGAAUUAUGUGAGCCGGGAGCUUAGCUCCAGCAUCCACUUCCACCCCUUAUCCGCGGCACCUCCAGUCGUACCUAGGCCAAACACUACCUCAACUGCGAAAGGGAAAGAAAAGUCCAAAUCCAGACUCCACCUUAAGCUAGGGCGAUUGCGACCACAUUCCUCCGCUGAACCAAGUGAAUCUGCCCGAAUCCGCGAAGACCUGCAGAUACACGUCUCAAAUCCAGUGUUCACACGUGAAAACCUUCGGCAGCGUAAUUUUGACGCUUUCUUCGAAUCUGGCGAAACGGUAUAUUCGCUCGAGAAGAAAGAGAAACCUCUCCCUGCCAGUGCGGAAUCCAUCGAAUUGAGCCCAUGGAAUACCUGUGAAACACCUGGAGUCCAUCAACGUUCCAUUUCCGUUGGAUUCUUUCGAAAAGGAAAAUCACCAAUCGGUUCUCAACGUGCAAGGAGUGCCGAGCUAGAACUUGAAGAGUCCCAGAAAGAGUCAUCAAAAUCCCAUCGUAGUUUAUUUAGUAGCAAACGAGGAGGCACGGCACUGAGCAUCGUCCCGGUGUCACAUCAGCCUCUUGGGGGAAGCAUGUCUUCCUCCGGAGGAGUUCUGAAGGAUUUAGGUCAUCCUGGCCUAAACGAGGCUCUCAAAUCACACAACAGCGUUACCUUUAAGCUCGUUAAAACGGUUUCCGAUUUUACUGAAAAUUUAGCACAACUAUACGAACAACAUGCUGAAGCACUGCAGGUUCUGGUUUCAGGCUACAGAAAAAGGAACGGUGAAUUAAGGAAAGAAAGACCCGCUUGCCAGUCGAAUCUAUUCCAAGCCUGGGAAACUUUUUUACAAGAAAUCGAAGCUGAUUCCCAGGCAACCAUCGAUGUCGCCAGUUCCCUUUCCAGGCAGGUUUCUCGACCACUGUUGGAACGUUCAUUCUACCGGAAGGUCCAAAGUAGGAAAGUAUUCACCCAUAGGGAAUCAUUUGAUACAAUCAUUUCGAAGACUGAAGAAAAAUUAUCAAAGUGCCGAAUCGAUUACAAGCAGUGUUUCAUUGCUCACCGUCAGAAUCCAACGCAGCUCACUCUGACGCAGUAUAUCGACUCCCACAAUGCAUACGUACAGCAACUGCACGCAACAAAUGCCAUGCUGGAGGCGUACCACUGCGAAACUCUACCCCAGCUGAUGCAGGAACUCGAGGAAAUCUACAAUGACCUGUGCAACAUCGUAUCGGAAGCGGUUCUGCAAGGUGCCGAGGCAAUAGCAGCCAAAGCACUUGAACAAGCGAGACGAUAUGACAGCCUGGCAAAUCAGUGCAAAAGCGUGUCACCGUCGCAGGAUUUGGGAUUUUUCGUCCGCAGUCUACCGGUUCCAUCCAAUGCUCAGCGGGUCCCGAAGAAAGCAUUUGCACCACCACAAUCUGCUAUCCAGGGAGACGGAGAUGAUCUUUCCACGGAAUAUGGCGUUGGUAUACAGGAUUCGACAGGCUUCGCGCUUAGAAAUGAACUGGUGGUCGACAAAGGAGCUUCGAUUCAAGUACGACCUUCACUGGAAGCACUAAAGCGAGAAUCACAGGAAUUGGAAAUUCAAAUCAAACAGUUACAAGAUUCUGUAGACGCUUUAGUUCGAUCACAAAUAAGAGGAAUAGAAAGUCAACUGUAUAACAAAGCAAACGAAAUACAGGAGGAUAUCUCCAUGAAGAAGUUUGAUUUGCGAGCCAAGCAAAUUCAUCUAGCAGCUGUCCGGGCACAGAAAGAAUUGUUUUUGGGUAGAAUAGAUCCUGGUUCACCUCGCGGUGAACGUAAAAUGUCUUCUUCUAGUUCUUCCUCAAUGAAGACUAAGUGGUUAAAAGCGUUCCGAAGUCUGAAGCCAGCCGGUUCAGCAAACGAUAGUCAAACCAAUAGUGCACCUAAAACAAACCAAAUGUACCAUGCAGUGUCAACGGUGUUAACGAUGAGGAAAAGCGGAAAUGGUGCUCAGAUACGGUUCGAUGGAUCGGAUAACCAUAAUCUACAGGAGUAUACGUAUAAGAAGAUAACACCAUGCGAUGUUUGCUCACAAGUUUUAAGAGGUCACACGCGACAGGGCCUCCGCUGCAGGAUAUGCAAGGUGAACGUGCACGCCGACUGUGCAUCACAGCUGCCAAAAUGCCAAGUGAAACAGAAACUGCUCCGACGCCAGAAGAGCACAUCCGAGAUCGAGAAUCGCACCGAAGUGGAGGAGGAAAAACCGACCGACAUCGAUCAAAUCUAUCAGGUCUUGAAAAAGGCAAACGAAAUUUCCAGUGGCAAAGCUGCUGAGUCGAAAGCUCAAACCAAUACUACAACUACUAGUGAUGCCAAUGCGAUGACUGGUGCUAGCAAUCCACAGCUAGAAAUACCUGUAGUCAAUGUGCCUGAUUAUCCAGAUCGAACACCUAGGAGGGGACCAUCCAAAUCUCAGGGGCCAAAUUAUCAACAGCAAAAACAGGGACUUUCGGCACCAACCACGACCGACAUGUCCAGCUCAGCUGAGGAAGACGACACUAUCCUUUCGUCUCGGGCGUUUGGCCAACCACUCUGUUUUGUAGCAGAAGAUCCACUGCCAGAAGAACCCGCCACCAGCAAGAAGGGAGCAAGGCGCAAAAAAUGAAAGGCUAUUCAAAAUGGGGAGAUAACGAUAAAAAUAAGAAAAACACCCUCCAAGUUAAUCGCUUUAUUUCCUAAUUUAUUAUUGUUUAUUUCUGUUCGAUGUAAUUUUGUUAAUAUUUUCGAUUUUAGUUAUGAUUUCCAGAGUCAGCAUAUUUUCGUCGUUUUUAUAGCCACGAUAACAAUUCAGGAGUUCUAGGUUGUUGUACAGUUAAAUAACAGUAAUUAACAGCGUGAUGAGAGCACAUAAAGAGCACGGUUCGGUUUUGACAACACUGAUUAAAGCAAUGAAACCAACGGUAGUUGUAGAAGAGAUUCAUAGUUUGUGGUAGAUAAAAAUAUAAAAAACGAGCUGCCAAUUAACGACAAAUAAGACGAUCUUUCGAUGGAAUAAGUUAGUACCAAUUCGUUACUUUGUUAGUAUAAUUUAUGCCAGAUACGUUCCUAAUGGUGAGUGAGUUCUGAAGAUGACAAACAUUGCAUCGUAGCCCAAGAGACCUCAAUGCCUAUUUUGGGGUGAAAUUAAAAACUUUGAUUUAUACAUAUUUGAUGAUAACAAAUCCAUAAUAGAUCGAGUUUACCGCACGACACUAAAGACGGCCUUAUCUUAGGAAUAAAGUACGCGUAUCCUUCAAAUGAUACAAUUUUAUAGUCAUUCAAUGAUAAGUUGCUCGAUCAAAUUAGUAUAUAUCUCGCUUUUCGAAUGAAAAAUUUGUAUAAUAAAAAAAAAUGUAUAUUUCAAAUGUUGUGAAAUUAUAGUAGUUUUUCGAAGAGUAAAGUUUUUCUGUUUGUCACCCUCUGGUGUUGGACAAAAUAAAAUACGCAUUGGCCGUUUUUCAUACAAAAUAGAAAAAUUGAGAUCCACUACUUGAGCUCAGAUAUGAGCAGGUAAUUAUCCCAUUAUACAAAAAAAUUGAUUCCAAAAAAUGUUAACCCCUAUAACGUCCAUUAUUUUUUGAAUUCAAAAUUUAAUGCUGUACGAUAUUUUUGAACCAUUUUAAUCUGCUCAAAAAACACAUAUAUAUUCAAAAUUAUCUCUAGUUGUGAUAUUUGAUAACAUGGUUCUAGAAACAUUUCGGUAUGUCUUUGAAACAGCUAAACAAUUAUAAUCCACGUCAAUACCUAAACCAGUUUUCUUUAUGUAUGUUAUUGGUUACAUACUUUUCAGGACACAUUCAGGGCUUUUGCCCAUAAAUACUUCUUCAAAAGAUUACUGAAAAAAAAAAUCAUGAUUAUUUUCAAGAAGCUUUUUUUUUGGGAUUUCUAGAACAAAUCUUCCUGAAGAUCUCCAGAAGUACCUUUGAGAAGAACUGGAACUCCCAAGAGAUAUUGACAUGAACUUAACAAAAAGUGCGUUUAGAACUUUUUGUUCAAAUUU